AUGUUUUACAAUGUUGCCAAUGCACCUACUCGCUUGAUGUUAAAUGCAUCGGUGAAUGGCACCUUGCUUGACAAAUCACCCGAGAAAGCCUUUGAUAUCCUCAAUCGGAUAACCAAUAAUGACUAUCAAAUCUCUUCUACAAGGCUUGGAACCGACAGAAAAAUAUCUAGGGCGUAUGAACUUGACAGUAAGGAAUCAGUAAAAGUUUCAUCACCACCUGCAGAGGAUAAAGUUAGACCCCCACCACCCUUCCCUCAGUGGUUGAAGAAGCGUAAUGACGAGAUUCAGUUCAAAAAGUUUGUUGAUGUUGAUGACCAAUUGCAUAUCAAUGUUUUCUUACUUAAAGCCAUUGAGCAAAUGUCUUCCUCUGCCAAAUUCUUGAAGGACGUUGUCACAAAAAAGAGAAAGGUGAGAAGAAUAGAAAUUGUUGCCACGAUAAUAGAAUAUAGUUUGGCAAUGAAUAAACUUUCGCUGAAGCAAAAUGAUCCUAACAGCUUUAUUAUACCAUGUUUCAUUAGUGAAAAAUAUUUGGGAAAAGCUCUUUGUGACUUGGAGUCAAGUGUAAAUAUGAUGCCUAAGUCCAUAUUUUUAAAGCUUGGAAUGGAUAAUGGUCUACCAACAACCGUGAUUCUACAACUAGCUGACUGA